ACACAAUAGCUCUUCUUUUUUUUAUCGUUGCACAGAAAAUGAGGUGCGAAAGGGAAAUUUCUACAUGUCUUUUUCAAUUUCUUCCUAAUUCUCUUUCCAAAAUUUUUCCGCCAUUGGAGAGUUUCUUCAAGGAAAGAGAUAUAUCUAAUCUAACGAUACCUACAGUUCAAAUUUCUUCCCGUGAGGACGCCACCCAGCUCCACCGUGCUUUCAAAGGAAUAGGUUGUGAUACUGGAGCGGUUAUCAGUAUUCUUGCACACAGAGAUGCAUCUCAACGAGACGACAUCCUACAAGAAUUCGAAACCUUGUACUCAUAUGACCUUAGAAAAGAGUUGUCUUCAGAGCUUCAUGGUCAUCUCAAGAAAGCAAUUUUGCUGUGGAUGCAAACUCCAUUGGAACGAGAUCUUACCGGCCUGAGGCAAGGUCUAACAGGACAUAUUCCUGAACCUAAAAUUGCCACUGAAAUUGUAUGUUCUCGUACUUCUUCCCAGCUUCGACAAAUUAAACAGGCUUAUAAUUCUACUUAUUGUAUCCCACUUGAUCAUGAUGUUGGAGCCCACACAUCUGGGAAUCAUAGACAGUUGAUGCUGGCAUAUUUAAGUACAACAAGAUAUGAAGGCCCCGAAAUCGACAGAGUUCUGGUAGACAAUGAUGCUAAAGCAAUGCAUAAAUUCGGGGAGAGAAAAUAUGGAAUGGAUGAGAAAGUUUUGAUUCAGAUUUUCAGUGAAAGAAGCAGAACGCAUUUGGUUGUUCUUGAUGGUGCUUACCAGAAAAUGUAUGGAAGAGAACUGAGAAAGGCAAUAAAAAUAGAAACAUCAGGGCAUUUCAAGCACGCCCUGUCAACAAUUUUGCAGUGUGCUCAUAAUCCUGCCAAGUAUUUCGCAAUGGUUUUACGAAAGGCGAUGAAGGGUUUGGGGACUAGAGACACUACGCUGAUCAGGGUAAUUGUAACAAGAGCUGAGGUUGAUAUGCAGAUAAUUAAGGAAGAAUACUAUAAGCUGUAUAAAAAGCAGUUAAUUGAUGCAGUUCAUUCUGAGACGUUAGGCCACUACAGGACCUUUCUUCUUUCAAUUCUGGGCGCUACUAAUGUCAAAUAGUCCUCGCAAUCUCACAUUUGGGAUUGUUAACCUAGUUUGUCUUUGCAAUUUGUUUGAGAAAAUUGCAGAAUUAGGCCAAGUUGUUGAUGGGUAUGAUCUGAAAUCCCAGAAUUCAUAAGCAAAUUUCUGCAGAUGAUUAAAGAUUAUCUGAAAUUGUUGGGAUUUUUUUGUAUUAAGUUAUUGAAUAUUUAGUUACUUAAAUUUGUAUAAUUUUUUUGGCUUGAUUUUAAG